AAGCCUGGUGUCAAUCAUGUGACCCUUUUAAAACAACUCAAGGAUGGACUAGUGGAAAUAAUGAUAUUGAUGAUUGCAUUAGAGAGUUUCAACUUAAAAGUACAACAUAUGAAGAUGUGAUUGAGUGGAUUCCAUUUAAUAGGUUAUCAAACUUGCACAAGAUUGGAUCAAGUUUUCAAGCAUUGUGGUUAGAUGGUAUACGAAAAGUUGUAAAUCAUACACAGUCACGUACAUCACCUUAUUCAGUCGAAAUUGAGAAAUUUAAUUAUUCACAAAUCGAAACAUUAGAAUUUAUAAAAGAAUUUAAAAAUUACAUGCAAUUAAGAGAUAAACGUAAAAUAUACGGGAUAACACAGAGUACGACAACAAAAAAAUUCAUGAUUGUACUUGACAAUUUUUAUUACAAAAGGGAUAUUAAAUAUGGAAAAUGUACACAGUGCGAGAGACAUAAUACUUCAGAAGCCUGGUGUCAAUCAUGCGACCCUUUUAAAGCCACUCAAGGAUGGACUACAUUGUGGUUAGAUGGAAUUCGAAAGGUCGAAAAUAAUACACAAUCACGUACAUUAUCUUAUCCAGUUGAAAUUAAGAAAUUUAAUAAUUCACAAAUAGACAUAUUAAAAUUUAUAAAAGAAUUGAAAGAUAAUAAACGUAAACUUUACGGAGUAACACAGGAUACAACUAAUCAAUACAUGCUUGUUUUCAAUGAUUUUUAUUACAAAAGGGAUGUUAAAUAUGGAAAAUGUACACAGUGCGAGAGACAUAAUACUUCAGAAGCCUGGUGUCAAUCAUGUGACCCUUUUAAAGCCACUCAAGGAUGGACUAGCGGGAAUAUAGAUGUUGAUAACUGCAUUAAAGAAUCCCAACUUAAAAAUACCAAAUAUGAAACCGUUAUUGAGUGGAUUCCGUUUAAUAGGUUAUCUAACUUAAGGAAUCCGUUGAGUAGAUGGACAAACAAUGUAGAACCAGAGGUCGAGGCACUAUGGUUAGAUGGAAUACGAAUGGUUAAAAAUAAUAUAAAGUCACGUUCUGUAUUAUAUGCAGUUUAUCUUAAGGAAUUUAAUUCAAAAAUGGACGUAUUGGAAUUUAUGAAGUAUUACAUGCGAUCGGAAUUUAAUGAACGUAAACUAUGUGGAAUAACACAGGAUACAACAACCAAUCAAUAUAUGGUUGUAUUUGAUGACUUUUAUUACAAAAGGGAUAUUAAAUAUGGAGAAUGUACACAAUGCAAGAGGUAUAAUACGUCAGAAGCCUGGUGUCAAUCAUGUGACCCUUAUAAAGCAACUCAAGGAUGGACUAGUGGAAACAAGGAUAUCGAUAACUGCAUUAGAGAGUUUCAACUUAAAAGUACAACAUAUGAAGAUGUGAUUGAGUGGAUUCCAUUUAAUAGGUUAUCAAACUUGCACAAGAUUGGAUCAAGUUUUCAAGCAUUGUGGUUAGAUGGUAUACGAAAAGUUGGAGAUAAUACACAGUCACGUACAUUAUCUUAUUCAGUCGAAAUUAAGAAAUUUAAUUAUUCACAAAUUGACACAUUAGAAUUUAUAAAAGAAUUAAAAAAUUAUGCACAAUUGAGGGAUAUUGAACGUAAAAUAUUUGGAAUAACACAGGAUACAACGACUGAUCAAUACAUAAUUGUAUUUGAUGACUUUUAUCAUCGAAGGAACUUCGUAUAUGGAAAAUGUGCACAGUGCAAGAGAUAUAAUACUACAAAAGCCUGGUGUCAAUCAUGUGACCCUUUUAAAACAACUCAAGGAUGGACUAGUGGAAAUAAUGAUAUUGAUGAACUCAUUAAAGAAGCACAACUUAAAAGUACCGAAUAUGAAAAUGUAAUUGAAUGGAUCCCCUUUAAUAGGUUAACUAAUUUGAAAAAAAUAGGAUUAAAUUUUCAAGCAGUGUGGUUAGAUGGGAUACGAAAUGUCAGAAAUAAUACGCAGUCACGUUUAUUAUCACAUACAGUUGAACUUAAAAAAUUUAAUGAUUCACAAAUUAACACAUUAGAAUUCAUAAAAAAUUAUAAAAAUUAUGUGCAAUUUAAGAAUAAUGAAUGUAAACUAUACGGAAUAACACAGGAUGCAGCGACUAAUCAUUAUAUGAUUGUAUUCGAUGAUUUUUAUCAUCGAAGAGGUAUUUCAGACGGAGAAUGUCCAAAUUGCGAGAGAAGUAAUACUUCAAAAGCCUGGUGUCAGUCAUGUGACCCUUUUAAAACCACUCAAGGAUGGACUAGUGGAAAUAGGGAUAUCGAUAAGUGCAUUAAAGAGUUUCAACUUAAAAGUACAAGAUAUGAAAAUGUAAUUGAAUGGAUUCCGGCCAAUAUGUUACUUAACUUGCAAAAAAUAGGAGAAUCAAAAUUUAUAGCACUAUUCAUAGAUGGGAUACGAAAAGUCAAAAAUAAUUCACAGUCACGUACCUUAUCAUGUGCUAUUAAACUUGAGAAAUUUGAUGAUUCACAUAUUGAUACGUCAAAUUUUAUAAAAAAAUUUAAAAAGUAUAUGCAAUUGAUAAAUAAUGAAAGCAAACUAUACGGAAUAAUGCAGGAUACAACAACUGGCCAAUACAUGAUUGCAUUUGAUGAUUUUUAUUACAAAAGAGAUAUUAUAUAUGGAAAGUGUAUACACUGUGAAAGAUAUAAUACUUCAGAAGCCUGGUGCCAGUCGUGUGAUCUUUUUGAAACUAUUCAAGGAUGGACCAGUGGGAAUAAUGAUAUCGAUGAGUGUAUUAAAGAGUUUCAACUUAAAACUACUAAAUAUGAAGACGUCAUUGAGUGGAUUCCUUUUUAUAAGUUAUCAAACUUGCAAAAUAUAAGAGAAUUCGAGUUUAGGGCACAGUGGUUAGACGGAAUACGAAAGGUCGAGUCACGUAAACUAUCACGUUCACAAGUUAAUACAUUAGAAUUUGUACAGUCACGCACGUUAUCACAUGAGGUUGAACUUAAAAAAUUGAAUAAUUCCCAAAUUGACGCAUUAGAAUUUAUUAAAAAAUUUAAAAAUUUUAUGCAAUCGAAGGAUAGUAAACUUAGAUUAUACGGAAUAACAAAAGAUACAACAACUAAUCAAUAUAUGAUUGUAUUUGAUGGUUUCCAUCAUGGUAGAGAUAUUAUAUAUGGAAUCUGCGCACAUUGCAAUAGAUAUAAUACUUCAGAAGCCUGGUGUCAAUCGUGUGACCCUUUCAAAGUAACUCAAUGA